AUGUGUUUAGAACAAAAUGUAUACAAAAUAAAUAAUACAUAUCUAAUAAAAUGUACAACACCCACCAAAGGAAGCUCUUGAAUAUAAUUUUAACAACCAAGGACAGACUUAUUAGUGUCAAAUCUAUAUGGAGCGAUUGGAUCACUGGCAGAAUCCGUUCAGAUGUUAUAACAACAACAAUGAAGAAAACUGUUCCUGAAUAGAAUAUGCCAAAAAUUAAUAUUAACAAAUUAUAUUGGAUUCUUUAUGAUAAAGAAAUAGAAUUUGAAAACGGAAUAAAUCAGCGAUCAAAGUCCUGUUAAAAUGAAAUGGGAAAGAAGAAUGAAAGUAGAUUGUUAUUUAUUUUUUAUCUGCAUGUUUUUACUUCUUAUAUUUACCACCAUGAUUGCCAUUAUCAUAUACUAUAAAAGUAUAAACGUAAAUUUUCCUAAAGAGGAAAUAUGUUUAACAUCAGUUUGUAAAAAUGAAGCUGGACGAAUAUUGCAGAAUAUGGAUAACAGUGUGAAUCCUUGUGAUGAUUUUUAUUCUUUCACUUGUGGAUCUUAUUAUAAAUAUAAAGAUGUAUACAGUGACUGGAUAAAUUCCCUCACUGAAUUAAGAGGAUAUGUGAAAUUUUUACAAAAAGAAACAUUAGAGAAACAAGAAGAAGGUUUACCUAAUUAUGCAGAGAAAGUAAAGAUGUAUUACCAAUCAUGUCUAACAAAAUCCACUUCUGUUCAAAAAAUUCUGAAUGAUUUCCUGCAAACAACACGAAUUUCAAGUUGGCCUUUUACUGAUAAUGUAUUUUAUAAGUAUUCAAAUACAAACGUUGAGGAUAUUAUUGCAAAGUCUUUUAUUUAUGAUGAUACCGGAUUAUUUUUUUCAAUUAAUUCUUUGCACAAAAACGGAUCUUUAUAUUACAUAAAGAUAUUUCCAGGAAAUGGUGCCAUAAAUAAUUAUGGAUUAUUGAAUGAUACAGAUGAAUACUUCAUUUUUUUAAAGCAGAAAUAUAUUUCUCUGUUUAGAUAUGUUUUGAUGAAUAUUGGAUUAAAACCAGAAAAAAUAAUACAGAUAAUGGAUGAAGUUAUAAACUUAGAAACUUCUUUAGCAGAAAUUAAGGAAAAUGAGAGAAGUGAUAACUUUACAAUGAUUACAAUAAAAAAAUUGGAAUCUUCAUGCAGCGAGAUCAAAUGGACCUCUCUAUUUAAAUUUAUGUUUGAAUUUAUGGAGCAUCCUCAAAAUUAUAGUAAUGAUAUUCAAUUAAAAGUGAAAGAUAUGGAAAUAAUGUUGGAUCUAUGCAGAUUAGUAGGAAGAACACAUCCUAGAAUAAUCUACAAUUCAAUCGUUUGGAAUAUAUUCAUCAAUUAUCUGUAUCAAGUAGAUUUUGUAUUUCGACAGUUAGCGACAGAUAAGAAACGUGAUAUUUUAAUUGGAUCAAGUUAUUUCAAAUCUAGAAGUAAUCAAAAAUGGAAAAAAUGUCUUGCUAAUUUAAAAAAACCUUUCUUGAUUGGAUUGGAUUAUUAUUUAUUAAAUUAUACUCAAUCAGAAGAGAAAAUUAAAGAGAUAAAGAAUUUUAUUAAGCAAGUUUUAAAAUCAACAGAAGAAAUAUUUUCUGAAGAAAAUUGGUUAGACGAUUUUAGUAAAAUUAUUUUGAAAUCAAAAGUAAGAAACAUAAAAUUUCGUAUUGGAUAUGCUAAUUCUUCGUUUGUUAUACCGAAGUUAAUAGAAAUAUUUUCUAAAAUCAACGUAACAGAUAAUUAUGUACAGAAUAUUUUAGAAGCGGAUAAAUACAUUUAUAUAGAUACUUUUUUUGAAGAAACUUUAUCUCAACUUUGGUCUCAUUUAGGGCGAUUUCAAGUAUUUAAAGUAAAUGCAUAUUAUUCUGAACAACAAAGUUUUAAGGGAAAAUUAAUCAUACCACUAGGAAUAAUGCAACCUCCGUAUUAUGCACAUGGAGCUCCAAAGUAUCUAAAUUAUGCAGGAAUUGGCAACAUAAUUGCCCAUGAAAUUUCUCAUGGAUUUGAUAGUUUGGAUAGGUUACAAAAGAAAGCGAGUGUGGAAGAAAAUAAACAGGAAAUUGAAUGGUCGGAACAGUUUUUGCAGGAAUUCGAAAAGCGAACAAAAUGUUUUAUUAAUCAAUAUUCUCAGUUCAUUCUAGAAGGAAACAUAACCUUAAACGGUAACAAAACUAUAAAAGAUGACUUAUCAGACAAUAGUGCCGUCGUUCAAUCUUUUCGAGCUUACGAAAAAUAUCUCCAACAAUACGGCGAAGAACCCAAGCUUCCAGGACUUAAUUUUACAAAUAAGCAAAUGUUUUUCAUCGGAUUUGCUCAGAAAAACUGUGAGAAGCUGGAAUUUGCAAGAAUAUUUUAUGAAAAAGAUUAUCAUAGUCCGAGUAGAUACAGGACUUUAAUUCCUUUAAUGAAUUUCCCAGAAUUUUCGAAAGUUUUUGAUUGUCCUAAGAACAGUAAUAUGAAUCCCGAGAAAAAAUGCAUUAUGUGGGGAUAGAUUAUUGUAAUAUAUACUUAAAGG